AUGAAUAUAGAUCAAGGAGGUAAAACAGAAACAAAAGAAGAUGUAGAUAAAAAUUCAGAUUUAGAAUCUGUUUUGUCUGAUAAAAUUGGUGAAGCUUAUUUUCACAUACUACCUUUUAAAAAACUAUUAAUAUGUUUAUUAUCAUUAUCGUUAGCUUUAUUUGCUUCAUUUGUUGAUCAAACAAGUGUUUCAAUUGCAUUACCUAGUAUAGGUCAAGAUUUGAACGCAGAAACUACAAUUAAUUGGGGUCCAACGGCUUCGUUUUUAGCCAAUUGUGUUUGUCAAGUAUUAUUUGGAAGAUUAGCUGAUAUAUUUGGUAGGAAAACAAUUCUAUUAAAUUGUUUAAUCAUAUUAUCCAUUGGUGAAUUAGCUUGUGGAUUUGCUCAAACUGGAGUUCAAUUUUAUAUAUUCAAAGCAUUUACUGGGAUUGGAUGUGGUGGUAUUCAAUCAUUAUGUAUGGUAUUAUUAAGUGAUGUAUGUACAUUAGAACAACGUGGUAAAUAUCAAGGAUUAUUAUUAUCUCAAGUAGGAAUUGGAAAUGCAGUUGGUCCUUUUUUAAUGGCUGCAUUUAUUAAAUAUAAUUCAUGGAGAAAUUUUUAUCAUAUGAUGUGUCCAUUUGUUGCUUUAAUUACUGUUGUAUUAUGGUAUAUAAUAGAUACUAAAGAAUCUACACAAAAUAUGAAAUCAAUACUUACAAGAAAGGAGAAAUUUAAAAAAAUUGAUUAUUUUGGAAUAUUCUUUAGUAGUGUUUCAUUAGUAUUAUUAUUAAUUCCAAUUAGUGGUGGUGGAACAACAUAUUCUUGGGAUAGUGCACUAGUUAUUACUAUGUUUGUAAUUGGAGGAGUUUCUUUUUUCAUUUUUUUAUGGUUUGAGUAUAAAGCUGAAUUACCAAUGAUUCCAUUGAUAUUAUUUACUAGACCAUCACUAGCAUUAAUAUUAGGAUCGAAUUUUUUUUUCGGUAUGGCUUAUUAUAGUUUUACAUAUUAUAUUGCGUAUUAUUAUCAAAUUAUACGAGAUUUAGACGCUAUUCAUUCAUCAAUUUUAUUAUUACCAUUAGUAUUACCACAAUCUAUAAUUUCAAUAAUAGCAGGUCAAAUAAUAUCAUAUACAGGUCAUUAUUAUUAUGUUAUAAUUGUUGGUUAUGCAUUAUGGACAUUAGCUAGUGGUUUAACUAUAUUAUUUGAUUUAAAGACAAAUUAUGGAGUCAUAGUUGUAGUAUUGUUAAUAUUAGGUAGUGGAGUUGGAUGUACAUUUCAACCAACAAUGGUUGCAGCACAAUCACAAGCUCAAAAAGCAGAAAGAGCAGUUGUAAUAAGUACUAGAAAUGUUAUAAGAUCAUUUGGAGGAUCAAUUGGAAAUGCAUUUGCAUCAUUAAUUAUAAGCAAUUCAUUAUUAAAAGAAAUUAAACAAUCCAAUCAAUUACCAACUUGGUAUAUUGAUUAUAUUAAAUCACACGUAUAUUCAAAAAUUGAUACAAAUAUGUUGAAUGAUAAACAAGCGUUAAUUGUUAAAACAAUGUACACGAAAUCAAUUCGAAAUUUUUUUUAUUUCACCAUUCCAUUAAUGGCAAUUUGUUUAAUUUCAAAUUUAUUUGUCAAAGAUGAUGGAUUAAAAUGUAUAGAUGAAAAAUAA